AUGGUAGCGUUUGCCACCAGCAAAACACAUACAUCUCAUUACAUUGUGGGUAGCGUGGUUCGCUAUGGGUGCUCGGCAGGAUACACCCUCGAUGGAAACAGUUUGGUCGUAUGUCAAUCAGACGGGACCUGGAGCCAAGCCCCCGUUUGUUUAAAGGCAUGCUCUUCCAUGCUGCCCGUAUUUGCAAACACCGCACCAACCUCACGCAGCCCUCCAUACACCAGCGGACAUGUUAUCCUCUACCGUUGCACUGGAAAAUACGUGAACGACCCGACAGGAACCAAUUUCAUUACCUGCGGUGAUCCACCCGUCAUACCGUUUGGGUACGCCGUUGAUGCAAUGGCGCCGUACACCGUCGGCGACAUAGUGAGUUACACGUGCAUUGUUGGGACCGCCUUCAAGGGCCACAACCUUGUGGCUUGCCAGUCCGACGGAACAUGGAGCACAUCUCCUAUCUGUCAUCGCGUAUGCGGCGAAGUCUUGCCGACUGUUGCCAAUGCUUCUCCGGUCAGCCAGCCACCCCCAUACUUCACCGGCGCAAUUGUCACCUACACUUGUAACAGUGACUUUGACAACACUGCAAAUAACUUCAUUGUCUGUAUGGAUGAUGCGACCUGGUUUGGAGAUCCGCAGUGCCUCGCUAAGUCUUGUUCGCCCACGCCGACUUUUGACAACGCAGAUCCAGUACCUGGUAAAUCUUUCGUAGGCAGUGUAAUACAAUAUACGUGCGCAACUGGAUAUGCAAUAGGACCAAACUGUAGCAACACAGUGGUGUGUGGAGAAGAUGGCUUCUGGACCGGAGAGGUGAUAUGCAUAGAAACGUGUUCACAAGAAACGUUACCGGACAGUGGCGGAUCGUUCCCUAUCCUCGGAUCCGGCCCACCAUUCUACGUGGGCGACCGAGUGGUGUGUGGCUGUCCCGAGGGGUCUUCAAUCGAUCCGUGUAUUAAAAACUUUGUACAGUGUCAGCCGGGUGGAACAUGGUCGAAUCCGCCUAAAUGUCGCUCAGAAUUUGUACUCAAGAAAGAACCGUUGAUGGGGAUACAUGGCGUCUCUGCGAUGGUGGAGGGACCGGCGUCUGUGCGCCGAACAAAGGACGACUUGAACUUUUUAACGGUGGAGAAUGGCGACCAGUGUGUUUUGACGAAUGGGCACGCCGUUGCGAUGGGAAGAUUUCAGGCCGCAUCAGAUGAUGAUUUCUGGCUAGAUGACGUCAAUUGUGGUGGGAGCGAACAGCACCUGCUUGAUUGCACUGCAAGUACACUUGGCACUGAAGAUUGUACGGCAGAACAAUAUGCAGGAAUCAUCUGUACGAACGACUGUAUGUCUACAUUGUAA